AAAAACAGAAUAGACUGAUAUCGUUGUUUUGAAAAGAUUCAGACAUUAUCGAAACAAAAUUAUCUCCCCUUUCGUAAAAGUGAAUUCGUAUGAAAUUUAGUAAAUGAAUUUAAAAACGUUACAUAUUCAUAUUAGACAUAUCACGAUACAUCAAACUUAAUAUUAUUUUUCUGAUCUUUAUCGUGUCUUUAUAAUAACGCGAGAUUAGAUGUGUAAAAGGAAUAAAAAAGACAUCUCUUUGAAAAUAAUUCGGAAAUCUAUUUUAAACAAUUAAACCAUUGUAUGUGUGCGUAUGUGUAUAUAUAUAUAUAUAUAUAUAUAUAUACAUAUAUAUAUAUACAUAUAUAUAUGUAUAUGAAAUAUUUUCUCGUACGAAAAGUCAGCUUUUACAUAGCGAGUUCUCUCCUCUCCUUCUCCCGAACACUCGUCCCCACUUCCACAUCCUUCAGCGACGAGUACGAUGGUCGUCCACUCGCGCUGGUAGUCAGUCAGUAAGUCACUCAGUCAAUCAGAGUACUCGCUAAGUCAAAAUCGAUGAUUUACUCGGAUUCGCUGAUCAAUAAUAGAAACGUUUGCCAACGAUUUUCAUCUUCUUUCAAGGAGAAGAAGUUCUCUCGCGUAUUACCUGCUACAACAUAAGGUCGUAUCGUCGAUAAAGACGCGGCAAAGAGACAAGUACGCUUCAUGCAUGCAAAUCGUUCGAUUCGAUGACUAAUAACGACCAAGAAGAACGAACGAGCGAAAGAACGACGAGAAGCAUCGUAUCGUACGAAUCUAAUUUUCUUUUUUUAUCACAAAACUUACGAAAGUCAGAAUUAACUUUCUCUUUUCUCUCUCUCUCUCUCUCUCUCUCUCUCUUUCUCUCUCUUUCUCUUCCUUUUUUUCUUUCUUUCUUUCAUUGUUUAUCUCUUUCUUCCUCCCUCCCUCUCUCUCUCUCUCUCUCUCUCUCUCUCUCUCUGUCUCUCUCUCUUUUUCUCUCUUACCUCAAGGAGGAUUCAGGUGGAAAAGUGUAAAGUGUAAAAAGUGAAGUGAAAGAAAAAAAAAAUAAUAAUAUUAGAAAAACAACGAGCUCCAUAAAUAUUAAUUUAUAUUAACAGGAUCGUCAAUUUUCUGAGAAAAGAAAAUAAACAAAUAAACAAAUAAACUUGUCCGACAAUAAUUGCUAUUGACGCUGGAAUACGCUCGAGAACGAUAGUAAUUAUUUCGAACGUGGGUCAUCGUACGCGCGAGUUCGUUCCUCGACGGACGAUCAUCCUUUGCUCUACUUUAUCCCUCGUAUGAUAAACUCUUUUCCUUUUUCCUUCUUAAAUAUAUCCAUCACGUGGAAAUUAUUUGAAUGGUAAAAGUCAAUUCAUAAAUCAAUCGAAUAAUAAUUAGUUUCUUCCUUCCUAUCGUAUACUGACGAACGAGUACACAGAACGUCAUCGAUACUUGGAACAUGUCGAUCAUUAAUGGGUUUUCCCGAUCCAACGUUUGACGAUCGUACAUGCGAGCUCGAUAGACAAGUAGGAUAGCAAAGACAUAUGUAUAUAUUCAAUGAAAACUAUUAUUUAUACUUGUCCAUAUUUUCUAGAUAUAUUUAAUAUUAACUUAUGCAACGUAUGUAUGUAUGAAUGUAUAUGUUGACAAUUGUAAAAGAGGAGAGAGAAUAUACAACGUAUUCCUCGAAGCCAGAUAGACAAGAGCGAGUGGUAAAAAGUUAAGGGCAAAUUUAUCGUAAAGUGAUGAUAGAAAGGGGAAUAAUAUAAUGUUGUAGUAAGGAAAGAGAGAAAGAGAAAGAGAGAGAGACAGAGAGAGACAGAUAGACAGAUAGGCAGACUAAUAUAAGAAAGAAAGAAAAAAAGAGUAACAGGGAGAGAGGGAAACUCGAGCUUAUUAUUGUGCUCAGCUACUGUAUACAAAUAGUACAACUCGAGAGACAACCUUCGUAGUUCGAUUUCAUGAAAAGUCACGCAACAAUAUCUCCAACGUAUUUAUAUAUCCUCGAGAACGAUUAUUAUUAUUUACCCCUAAUAGCUGUACUACAUACAUACAUACAUACAUACAUACAUACAUACUUACAUACAUACAUACAUACAUACAUUCUCGAUGAAUUUUGGUAUGCGUUUGAUAAUCGAUGAUUCAAUUGGUUCUCUUACAUUUUCUCAAAUAGAUACGACAAACGCGCGAUUAGAGCGUGCUAAUAACUUCCACUCCUGCCCUAGUGUAUCUACUUACUGAGAAAAAAAGAAGAAAAAGGUCGAAGAAGAUGAUCGUUGACUUCGAAAGGAUACGCUAUGCCGAAUGGAACUGACGUCAAGAAAUAGAAGCGAUUAUGCGGAGAUUUAUUCGAACAUCGUAAGAACGAGGAGGUCGUACGAAAGGAUACAGUGAAGGAGAGACCAAAAGAGAAAGAGAGAGAGAGAGAGAGAGAGAGAGAGAGAAAAAGAGAGAGAAAGAGAUAGAGAUAGAGAGAGAGAGAUAGAGAAUGAAGAUCAACGUUAUCUUCGCGUGCGCCACGAUAUAAGGCUUUAACGAUAACAUCCGUGGCCUCGAUUAUGAAGAUAAGCGCCACCUCAGCGACCUCCGUGAAGCCAAUCGAAGAAGGUGAGGGAGACUAUGCUCGAGUUCUAGAGCUCUCUCUAUUGUUCUACGAAGCGCAACGAUCCGGUAAACUUCCGGAAAACAACAGAAUAUCGUGGAGAGGUGAUUCCGCAUUGAGUGAUCGCGGAAUCAAUGGCGAAGAUCUUACGGGUGGUUAUUAUGACGCCGGUGAUUUCGUAAAAUUUGGUUUCACCAUGGCAUCAACGACAACACUUUUAGCAUGGGGAGCUGUUAGCUGGCCGGAAGCUUAUAUUGAGGCCGGACAACUCGAUGAAAUUCGUAAAGCCAUUAAAUGGGCUACCGACUACUUUAUCAAAUGUCACGUAAGCGAGUUCGUCUUUUACGGACAAGUUGGUGAUUUUUCCGUCGAUCAUACGUAUUGGGGAAGACCGGAAGAAUUGAAUACAACAAGGCCAGCUUACAAGAUCGAUCCUGAUCAUCCUGGUUCUGAUUUAGCCGGUGAAACUGCAGCGGCACUCGCAGCAUCCAGUAUUGUAUUCAAGAACGUCGAUCCAAAUUAUAGCGAACGCUGUCUCAAACAUGCCAAGGAGCUUUACAAUUUUGCUAAUAAAUACCGUGGUCUUUAUCACAGUGCAAUUCGUGGAGCAGCGCAAUAUUACGAAAGCACUGAUUACGGAGACGAGCUAGCUUGGGCUGCUGCUUGGCUCUUCAAAGCAACUAACGAUUCGAGAUACCUUGAGGAUGCGGAGCAUCAUUAUCAACAUUUUCAUCUUAAGGAAAGACCAAACGAGUUCUUUUAUAAUAAAAAGGUUGCCGGAGUUCAGGUUCUGCUGGCACAAUUGACAGGUCAACCGGAAUAUCAAAACGCCGCGUGUGCUUUCUGUGAUUUUUCCGUUCGACAACAAAAGCGCACGCCUAAAGGACUAUUGUACAUCGACAAAUUCGGUACUCUUUGUCAUGCUGCAAACGUGGCAUUUGUUUGUCUGCAAGCUGCUGAUUAUCCCAAUAUCGGUGAUCCCCAGGAAUAUCGUGAAUUUGCAACGCAGCAGAUCUCAUAUAUGCUAGGUGAUGAAGGAAGAAGUUAUGUCGUUGGAUAUGGAUAUAAUCCACCUACACAACCACAUCAUGCAGCAUCCUCUUGUCCAAAUAAACCUGCCCCUUGCGGGUGGCCAGAAUUCGAUAGACAAGAACCAAAUCCUCAAAUACUUUACGGUGCUUUAGUAUCCGGACCGGACGAGGCCGACAAGUUUCAAGAUCAUCGAGAAGAAUAUAUUUAUACUGAAGUUACGCUCGACUAUAACGCCGGUUUCACGAGCGUUUUAGCGGGACUAUUACAGUUACAAAUUAAGAAAGUAGAAUAAAUAUUCAUAUCUAGGAUGUUCGAUCGAGUUAGAAUUAGGCGUACGAUCAUUACGUAAACGAUGUAAUAAUCGACGUCAACUGUCUGAUGAACGCCCGUCGCUAUCAAUCCUCAUAUGUGAUUUUAUUUAACAUAUAUUGAAAUUUUUAAAUGCCUUUUUUUUAUUUUUACCAUUGAUUGCAAAACGAGAUUUCGAAUUUUCUAUUUCGAAUGAUUAUAAAUACUUAAUGCGACUUUUCGUACUAAUUUAAAAGAUCUUCAUUUAGGUUUAUAUUGUUGUUCUUUAUAUUUUUUAAUUUAAAUCUCAUGUAGUAUACCUAUAUACUAUAUUUAUAUGUAUAUACUAUAUAUGUAUAUAUUUUCGUUUAGCUGCAGGGAAAAUUUGUCCGUGAGAUUUUUUCUUCUUCUUCUUCUUUUUUUUAUUUUUAUUUUUUUAUAAAAGGAAACAAUAUUUUUAAUCUUAAUGGAAGAGAUAAUUAUUUCUUAUCCGACGUUGAUUGUUCCAUUGAUUUUAUUUAAUAAACGUAUAUCUUCCUGCGUUUCCUUGCGACAAACGUUAAAAUACUUACAAAGCGCCGAUCUUCUCGUAUUAUCGUAUUAUUGAAGAUUCGAUAAAGAUACGAUAACAAUUCGUUAUUUUUAGUUUUCUUUCCCUUAAUUACGGGCGAUCGUUAGAAGAGAUCCAAGGAUGGCUAUGAGCUAUACAUUUCUUACUUGCCUCUUGAUCGUAAUUUAUUUCCGUACCUUUUGCGAAAAGAACAAUUUUUGUUUCGUGAAAAGACGUUAAUGACGUAGUUUAAUCGACCUCUUUUAUUUUUUAAGAUUUAAGCCAUCUUUUGACUUCAUCUCUUUUUUUUCUUUUUUUUUUUUUAAUUUUUUUUUUUUUUUUUUUUUUUUUUUUUUUAAUGAAAGUAUACCAUCUAAUAUACUUUUUACGUAACAUUUUAGAAACCUUAAGCUUAACUCGUUAUCGCUUUCUUUUCUCACUAUCAGGCUGUGUACUAUAUUAUGUUAUUAUAUUACAUCGCGUCGUAUUAUAUGAGUAUUAAAUAAUUGAAAGACGAAAAGUGUUAUUUUUUGUCUGUAUUAUAAUGUUUUACAAUAAGUUAGAAUUUUAACUUGAAUUAUAUACUUAUUUUAGAGUAAUCAAAGUUUUAGAUUAUUAACAGGAUUGUUCUACGUUAUCAAAUAUAUAUAUAUAUAUAUAUAUAUAUAUAUAUCGAUGUGAUCGAUAUCAAUGAUUCGAUCGUACAAUUAUAAAUUUUUUUAUAUCGAUCGAAACAUUUCCUUUAUGUUUAUGUAAUGUAAAUUUGGCUUGUAAAUGUCCAUUUAUGUUUCAAGCGUGGAUCUUUCUCCGUGUCGUAUUAUUGCCUCGAGCCAAAAGUAAAAGUAUGCUAAAUCGUCGAGUCGUCGAAAAAAGAUUUCGGAACAUAUUGAAUAUUUCAACUAGAAAAUCAUAUGAUUCUCGUCUAUAUACGUAUUGAUAUCAACAUUUUUUUUUAACACAUUUCUAUUAUUAAACGUUAAUGUUAAGCUGUUUCCGAACAGGAUCGUGGAAAGAACGAUAUUGUCGAUAUUGGUAUGAAAGAUCAAAUUAAAAAAAAAAAGGAGUAUGUAUGUACGAACGAGCAUUCGAAUGUAUGUGUAUGUAUGUGCGCGCGCGCGCGCGCAACUGUAGCUAAUGACAAAUAGAAAAAUCGAUAUUUGCAAAUUAUGUCAUCGAUAAAAAUAUUUCCACAUCGAUCAUAAAUGUCGAUAGGAAUAUUUUCAUACAUCGACCAGGAUCUAAAAAUGUUAAGUAAUAAAUUAUAAGGUAAACAAGUUUAUAAAACUUUAAAUUGUGUAUCUAGAAUCGAUAUAUUUAAUUAAAAAAAAGAAAGAAAGAAAAAAAGAAAGAAAGAAAACAAAACAAAAAAAAGAACUUGUAAAACUACAACGCAACAAAUGAAAUUCCGUCCGCGUAACAAGUUUGUAAAGGAUAGAACUAUCAUACCUUCCAUUCGCAGUCUCUGGAAACACUUCCAUGGAUUGAAAGCAGAAGGGAAGGCCGAAAGGAGGUGGAAGUUGUCGAAUAUUACAAGCGCGAUGGGAAUGGUACCGGCCUAGUCGGUUCUUGAUCGUGCCACUGUAAGCCACGAUUUUGUUCAAUCCGAUAGUGUCACUGAAAGGGUACAUACAUCGUUCCAAAUCAAAGGUCUUAGGUGUGUGUGUGUGUGUGUAAACUCGUUUAAAUAUCGGCCUUUAGAUAGCCGAUACGAAACAAGUCUAAAACGGCUUAAAGGUGAGCCAAUCCUUUUUUAUACAUUUAUCUUUCGCUCUAUUGUCUAUUCAUUCAAAAUAUAUUAUAUAUAUAUAUAUAUAUAUAUAUAUAUAUAUAUAUAUAGAGAGAGAGAGAGAGAGAGAGAGAGAAAGAGAGAAAGAGAGAGAGAAACACACAUAUGCAUAUAUAUAUAUACUUAUAACAAAUAAAAAAUUGUAUUCAAUGCUACCAUCCAGGAUCCUGUUUAUUGGUUCGACUUUCGAUUGCAAACUGAAAUAGAUAUUUUAAUGUUUACAAAGGCAAUUUUUGAUGAUAUCAAUAACUUGUAGCGUUAAUUGGACCGAAGAAGGUAAACGAGUCAAUAUCAAACAGCAGGUGUACCUAAUCUUACUAAUUAUUACUCAAUUCCAUUGCACACCUUGGCAUUAACAGGAGGGUCAACACACCUUUCCCUUGAAAUAUUUUCAACUAUUUACAUUCUCCUCGUAGAAAACAGCAUUUUCGUUUUUCGUGUUGUAAUCAUUAAAUCAAAUUUAUUAAAAUGAAUUAAUUGUCUGAAAAAA